AUGGACACCCAGAAGCAAAUUCACAAGACUCACAAUUCAAAGAAUCAAUUUUUUACAAUUUUUUUCCUGUCAGUUGAAUUUGGGAAGGAAGGAACAAGCAAAAACUUUUACCUUCUUCUUUCAAUUGGACACUACGGACAGAAAUCCAGGAGAGCUGACCUUGCAACUGCAGACACAGCAGAUAAAACAGAGCCAGAAUGCUUUGCUGCCAGCUGGACCUUUGACCCAAACCCCAGUGCGACUGUCUCCAGUGCUCACUCAACUGCAAUGCAUCAAUGA